AUGUCGGAAGAAGAAUGUUCAAAGCUAAAACACCCAAAUUACUGGGACCGAGAUCCUGGCACCUGGGGAAGCAUACAAGAUUGGGACCUUUACUUGCUUAAGAAAUUGGAUGAUCAAAACAAAUGA